GGAAGAUGACCGUGCUCUUCAUCCUCACGUCACAUGACCCUCCUCUACGUCACCUGCCGUCUGUCAGGGCUCGUAAAGAUGGCGACGACAGGGACGAUGCAGCUCCGCCGCAUCUCCGCGUCUUUGGCCUUUUUUCUCGGCUUGUUGAGCGUCUUAAAAACGGGGAACUGCGAUGAGCAGGUGCCGCUGAUUCUGUGGACGAGCGAAGGGUAAGAAAGGCGGUUUUUGUUCGGUGUGUUUGUUCAGGGUUAGCGGCGCAGAGGCGGAUCAGCGGGAUAACGGCUUUUGACGCUCCUCCGUUCGGCUAACGGUCAGAUGUUAAAAUGAUAAGAGCUUUAUUAAUGUCUUUAAAUACUGUAAAUUUCAGAGAUGAUUUUUGUUCGUUUGGAGUGUUUUAAAUAUUUAAUGGUAACAUGAAGAGUCUCCUGAUAUUGUGGUGGAUGAACAGCAGGUGUAACAGCAUCCUCCAUGUAUCUGAUCUCUACUGUAUUUAAUGGGUGGAUUCAUUAUAGAAACGGGUCAAUUAAAACAAUUUAAUUCAUAUUUACUGUCAUGGAAAUAUUGGUACAUGGAUUUAAAACUGUCCAUCUGGCUAAAAUCAACAUAAUAUUUCUCCUUGUUAUUCUGUUAAUUUUAUAAUCCAGUUAAAUUUGUCAGUGUUUAGGUUAUUAUCACCAUAUGUUGACAUGUAUAUUCAAUAAAAAUAACUACCUUAACCUGGUGUUUUCCGGGAUCAUUUAUGGUGCAAAAACCUGAAAUCCUAGAAAAAUAGGAAAAAAAAUGAGGCUGUCAUUUAUUUAUAGUGUAUUUAUUUAUAGCAGUGUUUCCCAGACUGUAAAAGCUCGUAAUUUAAAGGCGAAAUAAUAAAGCAAAAACAACAUGUCACAAUAUUAUUAUUACUCCAUAUAUAAUAUAAGCUCAAGUGAAAGUUAAUGCAAUUAAAACAUUUUAAAUAAGUUGUAACAGGUGAAUGUUUAACAUGUUUUUGUGGAUAAAUUCAGAUUAAAUUAAUCCUGUGCUGUUGAUUUAAUAUUCUGCUAAAGAUAUUAUUUUGAAUGUUAAGUAGAAGAAACAGAUUUUACCUCUGAGUCUAACCUGAUGAAAUCCCUCACCAGGGUCCCCACGCUGGAUCAGUCUCCCCCUGUCGCUGGUCACAUCAUGGAGCAGGAGCAGCUCUCCUCCUACCUGGAAAAAGCUCUGAAUGAAGGCCCCAAAAAUGUGGUGCUGUUCCUUCAGGACAAGGUACACACACACACACACAAAGUUAAAUUUCCACACAACAAUCAUUGAAAAAUGGACCUGUCUAGUUUUUUGUUCAAACUCCUCCUUCCUUUGUUUUUAUGUAGAUGAGCAUCGAGGACUUCACCAUGUACGGAGGAGCUUUUGGAAACAAGCAGGACAGUGUUUUCCCGAACCUCGAGGUAGGAUGAUGUGACUGACUGUCUAAAAUUCUUCUACAGAUCAGACUGAGAGGAAACCCUGACAGUAAUAAUUUCCAUUUAAUCCUCAGGGGGCUCUGAGAUCCUCGUCGUCUCCUCUGGUUCUACCUGCUGUGUCCUGGCCCGCCUCCAACGCUGUGAUUGGUCAGCUGCAGGAUCAGUUAGAAACAUCUCCUCUGUACAUGGACCCGGAGACACUGAGUCAGCUGAGACUGAACGCUUCUUCUCCUGCUCUGCUGGUGUUCAGGCUGCCGUACGGCAUCGGGUAUGGUCGUCUCUGAUGGCUCUGAUAUUUACAAAUACAGUCUCUUUAAAUUACCAUGGAAACUUUAACGUACAUGUAGGACCAAAAGCUUCCACCAGGGGGCACCAGAGACAUGCUAUCAUUCAGUGUGGUCAACACCUCAUAAGGGCAUCAGAAGUCAGCUGAUAUAAGAAUCUUCACGUGGAUUUUCCUUUAAUAUUAAAUGAUUCACUUUAUUAGACAACAGGGACAAAACAUGGAGGUAGAGAAGUGUUCAGGAGUUUGAUUUUUCUCUGAUCGUCUCUCAUUCCUGCAGGGCUGAUCUGAUGUCUGCUAAGGAGAUCCUCAGUGGAAACGGUGAGUCUGCUGUUUGUCCUCUCAGCCCUAAAAGUGUCCGUCCUCAUCAUCGUCUUCAUUUGCUCCUCCUCUCCGUCACUUAACCAAGUCUGUCUCUCUUCAGAUGAGGUGAUCGGUCAGGUGAUGAGCACCAUGAAGAGCCAGUCUGUCCCGUACACGGCCAUCUACACGGCCCUGAGGCCCUCCAGGGUGAGUCCAUGUGUCUUCAUUCAUAUUAAAAAGUACUUAUUUCUGUUCCUUGUGGAUCUGCAGCUCUUAAAUAUGUGUUAUCUGUUAUUUUCUCUGUACAGGAGGCGGCGUCUCUGUCCAUGGAGGCGGGUCUCGGUGGUGGUCGCUCUCUCCUGCAGUACAGAUACAGAGAGAGGGAGAGAGAGAGGGAGAGGCAGCGCAAGCUCCAGGAGAGGGCUGGGGUCUACGGACCAGUGGAGUUUAAGGUACCCUGCUUUUGAUUCUUACUCCGUGAAAGUUAACAAGAAAUGAUGGAGUAGUAAUCUCUGUACCUCUUCUGUUCCACAGGAGGGGGAGGAAACCUGCAUCCUCCUGUGGGCCAAAAGCCUGUCAGUGAAGAUCCUUCGCAGCGGUCGAUGGGAGGAGCACGAUCUGACCCCGUCUACCUUCGGGGAGGGUGUCAGCCCCAAACUGCAGGGCUCAAACUGUGACAAAAGCAAAGCCAGGUAGUGAGUCUUUAUGUUGGUGAUCAUUGUGGAGGAUAUUUGACUGUUUGUCUGCGAGGACAGAUACGAACACGGGAGCGAGUUCCAGUCCAGAGAUUUUAUUCAGUCUUAUAUUCAGCUGGUUUCUCUGGAGGGGGUGAGAAAGGAGAGACAAAGUCAAUAACAUAAUGUCUAUCAAUAAUGAGAGAGCAAAUUCACUAAAAUGAUUGAAAUGCAAACUGAGAAACAUCCUUUCUUAACCAUAAAAUGAUAUUUAAGUCAGGAUAAUAAAUCAUGGAUCAGUCACAGAAGGAUUUUAACAAAACAAACUCACAGUCAGUCAUACUGGUGGUGUUUCUCCCAGUCAGCCAGCUCCACUGUCUCCAGUGUCUCCUCCCAUGUUGGAUACCUGGUAAAGCUGUUUGGACUCUGUGUGUCACUCCUUCAUCUCUGACCGUCAGAGUAAAGCUGAUGUGUUUUUCUGCAGAUUGGUUCUGAACUACGAGAACGUCCUCGGACACCGCAGCUUCAAACUGAUGUGAGUUGACGACACCUUCAGACUCUUGGAUCUUACUCUUUCUGUGUUUUUCCAGUGUGAGGAGAUCUCACGGUCCCCUUCGUCUCUCCUCAAAUGUUUAACUCUCUUCUCGUGUUUCCAGCUUUGCUAUGAGCCAGCGUCACUACAGGGUGUCUGCACGCCGCUGGUUCACUCUCGACGCCGUUGAGCUGGAGUACGACGGGACCAAAGCGACGUUCAACGGCAGCAGAAACAUCUACGCUCCUGCUGAGUACUCGUACCGCUGCGAGUCCGUCACCAGCUUCCGUUGGCCCCUGCUGGUCCCGCGCUCAUCCAAAGAUCCAGCCAAUCAGUGGAGGGUCUCCUUCGAGGACUUUCAGGUAGAGAAAUACUGAUUUGUGGAGUGACAUCAUGAGUUUCCGGUAGAGAAUACAAACAGAAUCCUGAAGCACAUGUCCCUCAUCGCUGUCCCUCCACAGAUCCAGGGCUUCAACGUGAGCGGCAGCGAGUUUUCCUACGCCAGCGACUGUGCCGGUUUCUUCUCUCCUGGGAUCUGGAUGGGUCUGAUGACCAGCCUCCUCAUGGUCCUGGUCCUCACGUACGGCCUGCACAUGAUCAUGCAGCUCCGCACCAUGGACCGCUUCGACGACCCCAAGGGCCCGGCCAUCUCUGUGCCGCAAACAGAGUAACACACACCUGCAGUCGCACCUUCAUCUUCACACCUUUCCUUCCUCCAGUGGUUCAGACGUCUCUCCGUCUGCUUCCUGUUCCUCCCUUUACAUUCCUGUUCAUCUGUAGUCGGGCGCUGAGCAGAAUCAGAGGUGGUGUGUGCAGAGUCAGGGUCAGUCAUAAUUAUCGAUCCUGAGACUCCAGAAUCCGGUUUGUGCCUGUCAUAUAAUCACAGCGACACACAGUUAGAAAUAUUAAAGUAUUUUUGUCAGAUUUGAGAGAAAACAUCAAACCAGAAGAGAUCACUCCUGGAUUCACAGUCUGAGGAAACAGGAAGAUGAUUUUUGAAGAUUUAAGAAAACAAAACUGAUGUGAAGUUUUUGAUUUUUGCUGAUAUUUGGAGGCACAGACUGGCUUUGGUCUCUCGGUUUAAUUGUACAUAAAGGGACUGAAGUAACUUAUGAAAAAUAAAUUACAAAAUGUUAUUUAUUGAUGGAAUUACUUUGUGUGUUUGUGAGUAGACCAUGUGACAUGUAGCUGUUGAAUGAUGUUUUUUUGUCGUCUGGAUGAAAGUCGUCAUAUCAGCUGCGUACACGGCGAGGGGACGUGUGCAGACAUGAUAGGACCGCUAAACUAAAACCACAGCGUUAAAAUCCAGACGUUUCCAGCUGUCUGUGAAUUAAAAAGCUUUUACUGGUACAAGAAACACUUUUAUCACAAAUCAGACGUUUAUUACUGAUGUGCACUAACAUUUGCUCUGAGUGAAACUGUUUUUGUUUGAUCUGUAGUGAAUAUCAAAUGUCUGGUCCUGAAUCUGGUCCUGUGUCGUGCUGCUGUGACCCCAAUAAAACAGGUGAAAACACUUUCUGAC